CAAAGAACCCGGUAGUAAUUUGGUUCCUGCGCGGAUGCUGGAGCUGUUAAGGCUCCGGGCGGGCGGCUGAUUGUGGAUCGCAGAAGGACAACGCUGGGGCCCGCCGUCUAUCCGCUGCUACUAUGAUUCCGGUGUCGCUGGUGGUGGUAGUGGUGGGUGGUUGGACUGCCGUCUACCUGGCCGACUUGGUGUUGAAGUCAUCUGUGUAUUUUAAACAUUCUUAUGAAGACUGGCUGGAAAACAAUGGAUUGAGCAUCUCUCCUUUUCAUAUAAGAUGGCAAACUUCAAUUUUUAAUCGUGCCUUUUACAGUUGGGGACGGCGGAAAGCAAGGAUGCUUUACCAAUGGUUCAAUUUUGGAAUGGUGUUUGGCGUGAUUGCCAUGUUCAGCUCUUUUUUUCUCCUUGGAAAAACACUGAUGCAGACUUUGGCACAAAUGAUGGCUGACUCUCCCUCUCCUUAUUCUUCCUCUUCUUCCUCUUCUUCCUCUUCCUCUUCCUCCUCUUCCUCUUCUUCCUCCUCCUCUCUUCACAAUGAACAGGUGUUGCAAGUUGUGGUUCCUGGUAUAAAUUUACCUGUCAAUCAGCUGACUUACUUCUUCGCUGCAGUCCUCAUUAGUGGUGUUGUACAUGAAAUUGGACACGGUAUAGCAGCUAUUAGGGAACAAGUUCGAUUUAAUGGCUUUGGAAUUUUUCUCUUCGUUAUUUAUCCUGGAGCAUUUGUUGAUCUGUUUACCACCCAUUUGCAACUUAUAUCACCAGUCCAGCAGCUAAGGAUAUUUUGUGCAGGUAUAUGGCAUAAUUUUGUCCUUGCUCUCCUUGGUAUUUUAGCUCUUGUUCUCCUCCCAGUAAUCCUCUUGCCUUUUUACUACACUGGAGUUGGGGUACUUAUCACUGAAGUCGCAGAGGACUCACCUGCCAUUGGACCCAGAGGACUUUUUGUGGGAGACCUUGUCACUCAUCUACAAGAUUGUCCUGUUACUAAUGUGCAAGAUUGGAAUGAAUGUUUAGACACCAUUGCAUAUGAGCCCCAAAUUGGGUACUGUAUAAGUGCAUCAACAUUACAACAAUUAAGCUUCCCAGUUAGAGCAUACAAACGACUAGAUGGUUCUACUGAAUGCUGUAACAAUCACAGCCUCACAGAUGUGUGCUUUUCCUACAGAAAUAAUUUUAAUAAACGUUUGCAUACAUGUCUACCCGCCCGGAAAGCAGUUGAAGCUACUCAAGUUUGUAGAAGCAAUAAAGAUUGCAAAAGCAGCUCAAGUUCAAGCUUCUGUAUAGUACCAUCCUUGGAAACUCACACCCGAUUAAUAAAAGUGAAACAUCCCCCGCAAAUUGAUAUGCUCUAUGUAGGGCACCCACUGCAUCUUCACUACACAGUGAGCAUUACAAGUUUUAUCCCACGUUUCAACUUUCUCAGCAUAGAUCUGCCAGUGAUUGUGGAGACAUUCGUCAAAGACCUUAAAGAUGUGAGGGGAAAGUCAGUGAAGAAAACUCCAUCAGCUGUGGACAAAAGUUAGGACACAGAAAGGAGGAUCUUGCGGAAGAGCAGCUAGUAUCACAGUGGCCUGGCUGCCUGAAAGGGCCUGAAGCACAGAGAGGACAGGCUCUCUUCACAGAAGCUUCCUUGCCACCAAAACUGUCUCCACUGCUCUGCUAGCUCAGAAUUUCAGGGGGUAGUCUUCUGCCAAUGUACCUCAGGUAUGUCUGUGCACCAUGUGCAUGCCCACAGAAGCCAGAAGAGGGCGACAGAAAUGAGUUGCAUAUGACUGUGAGCUAUCAUAUGGGUACUUGAAUCAAACCCAGGUCCUCUGCAAGAGCAACCAGUGCUCUGCUGAGCCUUCUCUCUACCCCCACAAAAGCUUAUAUAGUUUUACAGGAAAUAUAAUGGGUAUAUAUAAACAAAGCCUUUUUAAAAAGGACGCAGAAAGGAAAGAACUCAUAAUACAACUCGAGAAUUUAAUUUACAAGAAGUUAAUAAUUGGUAGAUCUUCAGUUAAGUCGUGAGGUGAUGGAUUCUGCCCAACUUUAGCUUAUUAGUAAAUUCUGGGCAACUGAAGGAUAAGUCUUACAUACAGAAACCCAUUCCACUGUUCUGAGGGAAGACUGCCUAAAAAAAGAGCAAAUCAGUUUCCAUUAUUAACAUAGCAAAUUAAAAAAAAAAACUUUUGCAGUCUUUACCAUUAUUUUCAACUAUAAACGUUGAAUUAGAGAUCAUUGUCACUUUAAAUCUCAAUGUUUCCCCUAUUUACAACAAAAUAAAUGACAAGUUACUGAACAAUACGUGUAAUUAAGAUUGUACCUUGGAGUCUGUGACUUUGUCACAGAAAACCUUAUAAAUUAUACUAAAAUAUAACAAAAUCUUUUAUUACCUAAUAUAAAAUAAAAUGUGAUAACAAUCAAAAGUUGUGGGCUGGAGAGAUGACGCCUUGUUUAAGAGCACCUGUUUUUCUUUCAGAGGCUCUAAGUUUGGUUCCCAGCACCUACAUUGAGUAGUUCACAGUCACCAUAUUCCAGCUGUAGAAGAUCUGACUUAUUCUUUUGGCCUACACAAGUACCCACACAUGUAUACAUGCACAUGCACGCACACACACACACACACAC